AGUGCAGCAGUGUGACCAUCAUCACAGGAGAUUAGUCUCAGCUCUCAGCACCAUGGCAUUAGGAUUGGGAGGGCCGGACUGUUUGCUAACCAAACCGAGACGCAUGGUUAUUAGCGGGGAGCGUGACACCUCUGCCUGUCCGUCUGUCUGUUUAUAUCUCUUUUACUGUCUGCGGGUCAGACUAAGAGAGACGGAGACAGAAGAGAAACAGGGUUGGCGGGACUUCUCUCGCUCCUGGAUGUUGGACCCAUACAGCUUGGUGAGAUCAGAUCUUACCACGGCUCUGAAGACAUCUACAGAAAAGAAGAAGUGUAUGACAGCAGAGCUCCAACCUGAUGACUCCUCAUUUCUCUCCUUGACCACAGACGCAAUAACAACACUCCGAGACAUACAGACAUACAGCGAGACACAGAGCUGGAGAAGAUCCAGGAUGGUGCUGUACCUGGCCUUUCUGCUGGGGAUCCUGCCCACUGCAGCUCAAGCACAAUGGCGGCAUCCUGUCAUCAAGCUCAACUCUCAACUUGUGGUUGGGCCUGAGGUAGUACUGAAUCCUGGCACCCCAUUAGUCCUGAGGUGUGAAGGUGAUGGGCCAGUCAACUGGCUGACCCGGUUGGCCAAACACAAGCGCUUCAUCUCCAAAGGCAAGGGGAGAGUCAGAACCUUCAGGGUGGACCGUCCCUCUGCAGAACACACUGGGACCUAUAAGUGUGAAUAUACCAGUGUGAACGUUAAGGGCCAGGACUUGUUUUCUACAGUGCACGUGUACGUGAAAGACCCAGACAACCUAUUUUGGACCAGCAGCACAUCCCUGAGUGUGGUGAGGAAGGAGGGGGAGAACUAUCUGCUCUCCUGCCUGCUAACUGACCCAGAGGCUACAGACCUGGGGCUCCGCAUGGACAACUGCACCUCCGUACCCCCAGGCAUGAACUACACAGCAGACCCCCGCAGAGGCAUCCUUAUCCGCAACCUCCAACCCAGCUACAACGCGGACUAUGUCUGCAGCGCCAAGCUCCACGGGGUGGAGAGGACCUCCAAGGCUUUCUCCAUCAACAUCAUUCAAAGGCUGCGUUUCCCACCUUACGUAUUCCUGGAGAAGGAUGAGUAUGUUCGUAUCGUGGGAGAGAAGCUGAGAAUCCACUGCACCACACACAACCCUAACUUCAACUACAACGUCACCUGGAAUUACAGCUCCAAGAAGAGAUCCACCAUAGAGGAGAAUGUCCAGUCUAAGGACAGCCGUCUGGACAUUGAGAGCAUCCUGACCAUCCCAGCAGUAGACCAGUCAGACACAGGGAACAUUACCUGCACCGGAACCAAUGAGGCUGGAGUCAAUAGCUCUGCCACCUACCUGCUGGUCGUAGAGGAGCCCUACAUCCGUCUGUCCCCCCAGCUGUCCUCCAAGCUAGCCCACCAAGGCCUGUCCAUUGAAGUGAACGAGGGGGAGGACCUGAAGCUCUGUGUCCUGAUCGAGGCGUACCCCCAGAUCAUAGCCCAGAGCUGGGACACCCCAACGUCCUCGCCCACACAGGAACACAUCUUCACACGCUACAACAACAGGUAUUCCGCUACCCUGCUGCUAAAGAGAAUGAUUGCACAAGAGCAAGGCCAGUACACCUUCUAUGCCAGCAGUGCCAUGGCCAACGCAUCCAUCACAUUCCAAGUCCAAAUGUAUCAGAAGCCGGUUGCCGUGGUGAGAUGGGAGAACAUCACCAGCCUCAUGUGUACGUCAUUCGGUUAUCCUGCUCCCAUCAUCCUCUGGUACCAGUGCUCUGGAAUCAGAGCCACGUGCAAUGAGAACAACACAGGUCUCCAGAUGCCUGCUCCUCUUCUGGCCCAGACGGUGGAGGUCCAGAGGGAGGAGUACGGGCCGGUCGAAGUCGAGAGCGUCCUGACCGUGGGACCGUCCAACCGUAGGAUGACCGUGGAGUGUGUCGCCUUCAACCUGGCCGGAGUUGGCAAAGACACCUUCGCCAUGGAAGUUUCCGAUAAAGUGUUCACCUCCACCCUAUCGGGAGCAGCUGGUGUUCUCGCCUUCCUCAUCCUGCUACUCAUCUUCCUGCUCUACAAGUACAAGCAGAAACCGAGAUAUGAGAUCCGGUGGAAGAUCAUCCAGGCCAGUGAUGGAAACAACUACACCUUUAUCGACCCAAGUCAGCUGCCGUACAAUGAAAAGUGGGAGUUUCCCAGGGACAAGCUCAAGCUAGGGAAGAUCCUAGGAGCUGGGGCCUUUGGGAAGGUGGUGGAGGCCACAGCUUAUGGUCUGGGGGAGGACGACAAUGCGAUACGAGUGGCUGUCAAGAUGCUCAAAGCCAGGGCCCACUCAGAUGAGAGAGAGGCUCUGAUGUCAGAGCUGAAGAUCCUGAGUCACCUGGGACAGCACAAGAACAUUGUCAACCUGCUGGGAGCCUGCACUCAGGCAGGACCCGUACUGGUGAUCACCGAGUACUGUAGUCAUGGAGACCUUCUGAACUUCCUGCGACACAAGCAGGAGACCUUCCUGAACUUUGUCAUGAACAUGCCAGAGGUACUAGAAGAGACCAGCGACUACAAGAACGUCUCUGAGGAGAAACAGUUCAUCAGAAGUGACAGUGGAAUCUCCAGUGUGUCUUCUGACAGCUACCUGGAGAUGAGGCCUGGUCCCCAGCCUGUCAACUCCUCUCUGGACUCUCUGUGUGAGGAGGGAGGGCCAGACUCGUGGCCGUUGGACAUAGAUGACCUGCUGAGGUUCUCCUAUCAGGUGGCUCAAGGUCUGGACUUCCUGGCCGCCAAGAACUGUAUUCACCGGGAUGUUGCAGCCAGGAACGUUCUCCUGACUGACCGCCGUGUGGCUAAGAUCUGUGACUUCGGCCUGGCACGUGACAUCAUGAAUGACUCCAACUAUGUGGUGAAGGGCAAUGCGCGUCUGCCAGUGAAGUGGAUGGCUCCAGAGAGUAUCUUUGAUUGUCUCUACACUGUCCAGAGUGACGUCUGGUCCUAUGGGAUCCUGCUAUGGGAGAUCUUCUCUCUAGGAAAGAGCCCCUACCCCAGUAUCCUGGUGGACACCAAAUUCUACAAGAUGAUAGAGUCUGGUUAUCAAAUGUCCCGGCCAGACUUUGCCCCUCCAGAGAUGUAUACGAUCAUGAAAAUGUGCUGGAAUCUGAAGCCAACAGAGCGACCCACCUUCAGUAAAAUCAGCCAGCUGAUGAGAGUCCUCGGGGAACAGCCCGAAUGUCCAGACCAGCAGUACCAGAACAUCCAGCAACAGGACAUGGUGAUUGAGGAGUUGGAGCCGUGUGAUGAUGAGGAUGACGACGAGACAAAGUUUUGUGACGGCUCCUGUGACCAGUCCUGUGAGCACGAAGAGGAGGAGCAACCUCUGAUGAAGACCAAUAACUAUCAGUUCUGCUGAAAACUCCCUGGCAUCAUCAAACCAUCCACAUUCUGAUCUGAAAUUCUUCAACAUUCUAUCUUCUGCUCACUGUAGAAUCAUUCUAGGAGCGUAUAUCCAUAGAAAUGGAAUUGGGAUAUUUUCGUAAAGCAAUGAAUGCCUGAAAAGCAAUUUUUAAGUUCUGUUUUGGCUUGUAGAUAGAUAGGCAGCUGAAAAAGUAAUGUGACUUGCUAUAUACUGUGACUUGAGAUACCAUGUCUUACGCAGGAGAUAAUUGAUCUAAUCACAGAGUGCCUUAGUUAUGUACUUAAUAUAUGUAAUGCCUUAUUGUAUGUUCAUGCAUUACUUUUUCUUCUUCUAUGGUUUGAGAUUUUCUCUUUUAAGUCUAUUCACCAAAGAUGGACCUACCCUGACUGAACAGACUGUUCUGUCCACAGGCUUCUAGUUAUUUCCUCUGUUCGUACAUACUGUGCUGUUGGCACUAUGGUGAGAUUGAACAGACUGUUCUGUCCACAGCCUUCAAGCUGUGUCCUCUGUUCGUACAUAUUGUUUUGUUGCCACUAUGGUGAGAUUGUUGAUUUGUUAGUUGUAGAAAAGAAUGCUGCUGUGGUGUUUUAAUUCACGUUUGUCAGCGGGUUCACUUCUACAUUGUUGAACAAGCUUUUUUUAACAUACUAUACGCAGUUUUCAGAGGCAGCAACAAGACAGAAGCAAACAUUGCAGAUUUUUGAAUGUUUGCCUAUAUAUGAACAGCAUCAAGAUUAGUGUUGGGCCAGUAAUUGAAAGGUCACUGGUUCAAAUCCCUCAAGGUGAAGAAAUCGGUUGCUCUACCCCAAUUGCUUCAGGGACCAUUAAUAAUGGCUGAUCAAGGCUGUGACCCCACUCUCUGUGGGUGUCUUGGGAGAGUUAGGAUAUGCAACAAAAAAAAAAAAAAUUUUCUUGUGUGAUAGGACAACCAUAAGCACCAACAUUAUUAUUAACAAAGCAUUUCUUUAUACAUAUGAUGGCUUAUUUUGAUGUUGGACAUAACCGUUCCUGAGAUCAAACCAAACGGGGAUCACAUUCCAGCUUAAACAUGCUAAAUCAACCAUUGAAAUGGAUUUUGAGACGCCAUUUACAUCCAUUUAACCAUGUGUGUUGUUUCUAUCUCCACGCUCUAGCCAUAGUAGUAGCUAAUUCAUGUUAAUGGCAAAAUCAUUGUAACAUUAUAUGCUAUGGUAGGGAACGAUCAGGAUGAAAGGAAAGUAAAAAUGUGGAUCCAAGUAUGGACAAUACAAACAUGUGUUUGAUGGCCAUGUUCUGUUAUAAUCUCAACCCGGCACAGCCAGAAGAAGACUGGCUCAGAGCCUGGUUCCUCUCUUGGUUUCUUCCUAGGUUCUGGCCUUUCUAAGGAAUUUUUCCUAGCCACCGUGCUUCUACACCUGCAUUGCUUGAUGUUUGGGGUUUUAGACUGGGUUUCUGUACAGCACUUUGUGACAUCGGCUGAUGUAAAAAAGGGCUUCAUAAAUAAAUUUGAUUGAUUUAUUCAAUUUAUUUGAUACCAUUCCACUUAUUCUGCUCCAGCCAUUACCACAAGCCUGUCCUUACCAAUUAAGGUGCCACAGACCCCCUGUGAUAUCUAUACCGCUCAAUAUUUUGAUGUUCAUCAUCAGUAUGAUAAAACGUGUGAAUUGUGGCACAAUAAUAUUGAUUCAUUGUUUUGAAUGUAGCAUUCAGCUAAUACUGCCUACUGUAAUUACCACGAUGUCAGAUAAAAGCUAUAAGUCUGUUAGUCUAUAUGUCAGCUGGAAGUCAGAUAACAGUUACUUGGAUUGUUAGCAGCUAUUCUGAAUACUGUUGCAGUGGAAAUUAGAGAAAAGAGAUUUGUAUGUAGUGUAUGUAUGGUGUAAUGUAAAUGAAUAAAUGUAUGUUUAUUUUCACUUUA